CGUGUCUAUGUACAGUACAUGGAUACUAAAGAACCAACCUUGGAACUGGGAAAUCAGAUAAUAAUUUCUUAAAUCAUUCAAUACUCUCCGGUUGAUCGUGAAGUUGUUGUUUUUUAUUAUUGUUAAAUUUAUUUAAUUGAUUAUUCCUUACAGAAGAAUGUAUAAGAGUUGUAUACCAUCUUGUUAACUGACUAAUACCAUACGAGAAAGAAAGAGGGGUUCGGCGGGGCGACACCUCUUUUUUUGCCUUUUUUCUUCCCUAAACGUCAACCGAGCGUCAGCUGUUAUUUAGUACCAUUUUCAUCGGUCAAAAUCGGCCAUAUCUAUCUAACGGCGCCAGAGAACAAACUUGCGCUUUCGUCCCGGUGGCCCUUUGACCCACCUCAACUUUGAAAAAAGUACAUACAUCCAAUACAUACUUCCACCAUUAGCACCACUUCUUUUUUUACAUCCACCAAACUACUCAACCCGCCGUUAUUAUCUUUCCUCUAGAUACCUUUUUCUCUCAACUACCUAACUCUACCAAUAUAUCGGCAAGCGUAUCGCCACUCACUGCUAUACUCAAAAUUAUUAUCAGAGUAGUAGUGGUCGAGAGUUUAGUCAUAUUAUAUCGAUUCGAUCCUAUCGAAGUCUCAUCACAAACGAGCUCGCUCACACGGGCAAUCUAAGAAGUAGUUGGUAUCUACUUCGAAAAAAAGAUGCCGCCGAACUAUUCCAGCCGACGCGGCCAGGCCGUGAAUGUGUCGCAGUUAUUACAGGAUUUGAACAGGGUUCCAGAACCGCCCGCAGUAUCGGAGGAGAACUUGCGAAGUCUCGACGACGAGCUCGCAAUGUUCACCAAUACACACUUCAUGGAUUGGGACGCAAACGAGAGUCAACAGCAACAGCAACAGCGGCAACAAUCUUCGAAUGUAGACACACAGACGACUACGUCGCCUACAGACGAAGGAUCCAUGGCAGAAGAUUUAACGGGGUUUGAUUUCAACCUACCCAACAAUUUACAAGGCGACUUCAACGGCUUUGAUUUUCAUUAUCCCACAUCAAACGUCUCAGCAUUUCCAGACAACUUGGGAAACCUGCAACCAAUUCAACCUUCGCCAAAUUUCCCUUCAAAUGGUUCGCCACAAAGCGCUUACGGCCCGUCGAUUCCGCAGUCGGGCGAGAAGCGAAAGUCUGCUGAUCCCGCUACCGCUGCUCCGCCGCGCCGACAGUUAUCCUUCGAGGAGCAAUCGCGGUUAGCCGCAGAAGAGGACAAGCGGAGGCGGAAUACUGCCGCCAGCGCAAGGUUUCGCAUUAAGAAGAAGGCUCGCGAGCAGGCACUCGAGAAGAGAGAGAAAGAACUCAGCGAUAAAGUCGGUUCUCUCGAAGGUCGCAUUCAAACUCUAGAGACCGAAAAUAAAUGGUUAAGAGAACUUGUCAUGGAGAAGACAGGUGGAAAUGACACGCUUAUAUCCACGUUAUUGGAAAAGCAUAAUGAUAAGAAAGUACCCGGCGCCAAAGAAUCAGAAAGCAAAUCCAAGACAGAAGGCGAGAAGGCCUCAUAGAAGGUUUAGCAUAACGAGAUGUCUUUUCAAUUGAAACAUUGAUGAUGGCGUUACGGGGGAAUUCAUUUGGGUUGUGCGCCGUCGGGGACGACGGCCUCGGGGAUAUAUCACGUCUGAUUUUCAGAGCAAUUGUUGUUCGAUGAAUGGCUCACGAGCCUAAUACAUGAUUUAUGGGUUUAUGACCCAACCACCACCUAACAGCACAUUUGGUUUAUAUCCAUCUAUUGCUGUGAUAUGAUAUUCUUACAUGUUAUUUACAUUAUAUAUUUUACUAACAAACAGGCACUCAUUAUUGUCUCUGUAUGUAAGGCUUCUAGCAAUAAUAGUAAGAAAAACCAUCAUGUGAGUAAGAGCACACAUGAGGCUCCCUCCACCAAUCCGUGGUUACCUAGAUUUUCUUGGCAUCUUCACCGGCAUUUGCUUAAAAUCUUAUCGUUUUUUUGUUUAAAAAAUUCCGAUAGAUCCGCUGCUAACCUUGGAUAACCCCAUAUCAAAUCU